AGGCGGGAGGUGGCUGGGAGUUAAUGAGGGGCGAUGGUGUCCCAGGGCAAGGGCAGGAUGGGCAGGCUUCCUGGCAGCUGAUGCUUGAGCAGGCUCCAGAGGUUGUUUUGUUUCCUAGUGGUGAGGCAUCUGUCAUGCAAGCCUCGUAGUAAUCCUCAUCAUAACCAUAAUCAGAGAAGCCCUCUGCAUGUGCGUCUGUCUCCUGCAGCCCAGGACCAUGGGGAGCAGCAAGAGCAAGCCCAAAGACCCCAGCCAGCGCCGGCGCAGCCUGGAGCCCACUGACAAUGCCCACCAUGGGGGUUACCCAGCCUCGCAGACUCCCAGCAAGGCAGCAGCUCCCGACAAUGCCCACCGCACCCCCAGCCGCAACUUUGGCACCAUGGCUGCCGAGUCCAAGCUCUUUGGAGGCUUCAACACCUCUGACACGGUCACCUCACCGCAGCGUGCCGGGGCGCUGGCUGGUGGCGUCACCACCUUUGUGGCCCUCUAUGACUAUGAGUCCCGGACUGAAACAGAUUUGUCCUUCAAGAAAGGAGAACGUCUGCAGAUAGUCAACAACACGAGAAAAGUGGACGUCAGGGAAGGUGACUGGUGGCUGGCUCAUUCCCUCACUACAGGACAGACGGGCUACAUCCCCAGUAACUAUGUCGCACCCUCAGACUCCAUCCAGGCUGAAGAGUGGUACUUUGGGAAGAUCACUCGUCGGGAGUCCGAGCGGCUGCUGCUCAACCCCGAAAACCCCCGAGGGACAUUCCUGGUCCGGGAGAGUGAGACCACAAAAGGUGCCUACUGCCUCUCUGUCUCUGACUUCGACAACGCCAAGGGGCUCAACGUGAAGCACUACAAGAUCCGCAAGCUGGACAGUGGUGGCUUCUACAUCACCUCCCGCACCCAGUUCAACAGCCUACAGCAGCUGGUGGCCUAUUACUCCAAACAUGCUGAUGGCUUGUGCCACCGACUCACCAACGUCUGCCCCAUGUCCAAGCCCCAGACCCAAGGCCUUGCCAAGGAUGCCUGGGAAAUCCCCCGGGAAUCACUGCGGUUGGAGGUCAAGCUGGGACAGGGCUGCUUUGGAGAGGUGUGGAUGGGGACCUGGAAUGGCACCACUCGGGUGGCAAUCAAGACGCUGAAGCCUGGCACCAUGUCCCCGGAGGCCUUCCUGCAGGAAGCACAGGUCAUGAAGAAGCUUCGGCACGAGAAGCUGGUUCAGCUCUACGCCGUGGUUUCAGAGGAGCCCAUUUACAUCGUCACUGAGUACAUGAGCAAGGGGAGCCUCCUGGACUUCCUUAAGGGUGAGAUGGGCAAGUAUCUGCGGCUGCCCCAGCUUGUGGACAUGGCUGCUCAGAUUGCAUCUGGCAUGGCCUACGUGGAGAGGAUGAACUACGUGCACCGGGACCUUCGGGCAGCCAACAUCCUCGUGGGGGAGAACCUGGUGUGCAAAGUGGCUGACUUUGGCUUGGCCCGCCUCAUCGAGGACAACGAGUACACUGCUCGGCAAGGUGCCAAGUUCCCCAUCAAGUGGACAGCCCCCGAAGCUGCUCUGUAUGGCAGGUUUACCAUCAAGUCAGACGUCUGGUCCUUUGGCAUUCUCUUGACCGAGCUGACCACCAAAGGCAGAGUGCCAUAUCCAGGGAUGGUGAACCGGGAGGUGCUGGACCAGGUGGAGCGGGGGUACCGCAUGCCCUGCCCACCCGAGUGCCCCGAGUCCCUGCAUGACCUCAUGUGCCAGUGCUGGCGGAAGGACCCAGAGGAGCGCCCCACCUUUGAGUACCUGCAGGCCUUCCUGGAGGACUACUUCACCUCGACAGAGCCCCAGUACCAGCCUGGCGAGAACCUAUAGAGCCGGAGCUCUUCCUGGCACCAGGGACGCUGCCGCUUUCGCCGUGAGGCGCCAAGGGCUGGCCUCCCCGCCAAGGGGCCCGGGUUUUGUGCAGCAGCCCUGGGACAGGAUGAGACAUCAUCUCCAGGUGUGGCCAGGGGAGGUGCUGGGUCCUCUCUUUGCUCCUUAAGACUUCUGGCCCGUGUUUGAUGAAGUGACACCAUCCGCUGGGAAGAGGAGCCUGUGGCCCCUGGUGGACCCGGCUUGGGAGGCGAGCAGAGCAUCUCUCACCAAGAGACCUGGCUUUCAGGAGACUUUUAUUCCUCAGCAGCUCUGGGGUGAGCCUGAAGGAAUUGAGGGACAGCAUCACCCCACCUUGGACACACAGCCCUGGUCUCCUGCACCCCCUUUCUAAAUCAGCACAAAUUACCCUGCCCCUUUGCCCUUUCCCCCAUCCCCUCCCUGGCUCCAGUUCUCCGGAGGGCACUGACAGAGAUGUUUCUCCAUGGGAAAGGUGCAAUCCCUGCUUUGGACUGAUGAUGUGCCACGGUGGUGGUGCCAGUGUGGGGUGCCAGUGAAAUGCUAGUGGUCUCCCUUUCUUGAGUGCCCUUCCCAAGGGCACUGGGCAUGUGAAAUGUGGCUGCUUGUUGUUCCACUGCCUGACACCAUGCCAGGGGGGCAUCCAGGUGCACAUUCAAGUCUUCCAUCUGCCUCUGUCCCCCUCGAGGGACCCACCUUGUCCUCUGGGAGUGGCACAGGGCUAGUGCCAGCAGAGUCCUCCUUAGGCUGUGGCCAACCUCGCUAUCCCAGCUCUGCAUUCUCCCACUGAGCACUCCUGGUCUUCCAGCUUGACCCCCUGGGAAGUGCACCAGACGCCCCUCAGCUGACCUUCCCUGGCUCUGCCGCCAACUCUCCCACCAGCAGAGUUCCCCAGGCUGGCCCUUCCAUCAAACCUGGUGCCACCACGAGGGUUGGGUGCAAGGCACAUGUGGCUGUUGAAGGGAUCAGUGUGUUUUGGGGGAAAUACUGAUCUCUCACAGCUGCCUUUGCCUACUUAGCACAUUUUUAGCUGCUUUGCCCCAGCCCCUCGAGCCUCACUUGCCAGGCUGUGGUCCCCGUGCAGUGGGAGCAUCCCCAGCCAUGGGCAACCAUCCUGGAGGAGAGAUCUGGGAAGUGCUGUGCCACAUGGGAGACAUUCCCAUCUUCAUCUCCUGCCCCUACUCACUGCCAAAGGCCUCAGCUGUGUUCAGUGAGUGUCUACCCCUGCCUGGUUUUGCCCACACACACAUCCUAUGGGGCUGAAGCCCAGCCCCUGCGCUCUCCCAUCCAGCACCUACUUGUACAUAGCCCUCAAGCUGUCCUCACACCCUCCCAAACAUCACCUUCAUUGCAUGUGGGUUUUUCCCCCUCUCCUGUGGCUGGACCCAGCUGGAAACCCCUCGCUGUGGUGGCUCAUGAGGCUCCCUCACCUCUGGGGUCCUGGGCAGCCUUUCUCCAAGAGAACUGAGGGAUCCUCAGAUGCUCUCUGAGACCAAGGGUGGGCUGGGAAUGCUGGGGGGGCAGAAGCGCUGGCGUGCACCAGUGGGAAGGACCCGGAGUGGAGAACCAGUGGCUUUGCCCAUCUCUUGGUCUUCAGCUGGUGGGCUUGCUUUGCCCUGCUCGUGGGAUAGGGUUUCCCUCUGGCACAGCCUCCUUGCAGGCAGCGGACCCUCCAAGCAUGUCCUUGCAGACCCAAGCCACUUCUCCCUAGCCCCGCUGUGGUGCCAGUGUCCCAUGAAAGCCAAGUGGGAGCUGAGUGUGGGCUGGGUGGUGGCCAAAACCUCCUCCCCAAAACUCUGCCGGAGUUAGGCUCAGGCAUGCUGCUGCCUCCCAUUUGCUCCUGCAGCUCCCUGACCACUUACGAGCCAAGUGCUUGCUUGGUUGCUUGGUGGCUCCUUUUUAAUGAGUAGAACCUUCAAGGUCAGCUUGAGUGGGCUCUCCAGCAGUAUGGAGAGACCCUGCUGGCUUGGAGAACAGCAGCUGGGUUAAUGACUUUUUUAAACCAUUUUGGGACUUGGAGCCUGCUCUCCCUCUUCCUAGCAGAUUUGCUGUGCCUGCAUCACUUUGUUUGGGCAGGUACUCUCCAAACCUUGAUGUUCUGGGUUUUUCCAUGUUUGCACCCCUGGGAUGGGUGGCUGCCACGUCCCUGUCAGUGCUGCCAGAGAAAUCUGUCCUGUGGCAGCCAGUCCCAGGGAUAGGCUGUGCCAUAGCUCUGCCUAAAUUACACCACAUCCCCACGCCUGAGGAGAAACCUCCUAAAGCUGCAAUGUGCAGAAGCCAGGUUGGCUGUGAAAGCUGGUAGAGGAGUUCUAGCUCCCCACAGCAGGGGAGCUGGAACUAGAUGGUCCUAGUGGUCCCUUCCAGCCCUGAUUCUCUGAUUCUGUGUUUCUAAGUGCACAUGUUGAGUCUUGACUCUUGGCUGCCUGCAUCUUGUACGGGGGCUUGGUGAGCAGGGUGGGACUGGGCUUCACCCAGUGGGUUCAUUUCCUGGCUCUUUGUGGGAAGUAGCAAAGCAGGAACUCAGCCUUGACACGUGGAAGACCCCGAGCUGGCUUCAUCCCCCAUGGCUUUUGAGAAGCUCUGACAAAGGAGACAUGCUGGGGACUUUCCAGGCCAGAAACCAGCAGAGCAAUCCCAGAGGAGCCCUCCUGCACAGGGCUGGGGUGUUCUGCACGUUCAUGUGUCCACCCAUGGGUUUGUGCAGUCAGCGUGGUGGGAUCCAGCCCCUCCAGACUCAGCGCUGCAGCCGGGGGUCCCCGGGGAUCUCGAGCAGCUCCUUCAUCACCAUCUUUGUCUGCCAAUUUAUUUUCUAAGCCAGUAAACUCCAGAGGGGAGCCCUCACCUAAGGGUGCUCUUAGGGGUCAAUAGCACCCUGCAAGUCACUCUCCUCUGCUUGUCAUCACCUUUUAUUUUUUACACAGUGUUUUGUAAGAUCUCCAACCAACUAUGCAGAGAACAUAUGGAUUUGUGUCUCUCUCUCCACCCAGCUCCCCUCUUCCUCCCCACCUGCCUUUUUCAGUGUCAAAGUAAAAUAUUUAGCUUUUUUUUUUUCCUUUUUUUUUUUUUCCUUUUUUUUUUUUAAUAAUAAAACUUUGGAAAACAAACAAACAAACAAAUCUGGAAAGGUCCAGCUUUGUGGGUGGUGGGGGGUGGAGAUGCUUUGAAACUCUAAUGUUGAUGUAAAUACUUUGCAAUUUGAUAAUUAAAUACAAACAGACCUCACAAAGCCAAA